UUUGUGUUUGGAACGUGCUCGCGCAGGGAUUCUCGGGACAGCAACGCCCUUUAAAAGACCUAAAGUCAAAAGGUUUGUUUGUUUGCGUGUUUUUUUUCUCGAGAUGGUUUCAGUAUCCGCAUUUAUGUAAAAUGUCUGCAGUGAAUGCGUCCGCUGGCACAGGAGUCUUUGUUUUGUCUUUGUUGUCGGUCCCUUUCUCCUAUUUCUUUAACUAUGUUGUCAUUUCUAGCAGUGCUGAGACUGUUCUGUUUGCUGGCGUGUCUACUGUUGUAAUCUUAACUGUGUCAUCUAGAGUUCUUCUACGAGGGAGAGCCCCUACUGAUCCACUCUUCUAUGUCUAUGCUGUGUACGCACUGAUGAGUGUGGUGAACCUCAUAAUAGGCCUGGAGCAGGAUGGCAUUAUUGAUGGCUUCAUGACAUUUUAUAUCAAACAAGCAGACCCUUAUAUCAACACAGCUCAUGGUCACAUGAUCUCGUACUGGGAUGGCUGUGCUCACUAUCUUAUGUACCUGUUGAUGGUGGCAGCGAUAACGUGGGGACAGAGCUACCGAGCUAUUGGCUUGUACUGGGUGGGAUCCUUCUUGAUGCAAAUAAUUGUUUACAUUCCAGGAAAUGUGGUGGGGAAGUAUGGUGCUCAGCUAAACACCCUGUUCCUGCUUCACUUGCUGUACGCAUGUGUAUCAGUAUGGGCCUGCUUUAGAGUGUUCAGACAGCCAGCCACAUGGAACCUGCAGCCAACAGUGAGACAUAAUACUCAGUGUGAGCAGAAGAAAAGUGUUCUACAGAGACCUACUGAUUUACUCUUCAUCCUCUGCCUUCUGGGAGCUAGUGCCUUCUGCAUCUUCAGAGGCUUGGUAGUACUGGACUGUCCUACUGACUGGUGCAAGGACUAUAUCCUGAAUCAUGAGCCCUAUCUCAAAGACCCCUCUGCCUAUCCUGCCCUACAGGAGUCUGUGCGUCCUGCUCCUUGCCCAGCGGCACUCGGGCUGUUCCAAUAUGGUAUACUAUUUAUGCUGGUUAAUAUGCUUUAUUCCACUCCAUGUUUUGUUAUAAUGCUAUAUGGACUGCUAGUCCCAGGUUGUGACUGGUUGCCUGACUUGAGCUUGGUGCAUGCUGGGGCUAUUGCACAGGCUCAGUUCUGUCACACUGGUGCAUCACUCCACAGUCGAACACCCGUUGCCCAUCGUGUACCAUCUGAGCGACUGCUCCUCUUCCUCACCCUGAACCUGCUUUAUGCUUUAAUACCACAACUACUCAGCUACCGCUGCAUCAGCGAUCCUGCAUUUUUCACCAGCAAAAGCGCCCACAGCAGGAGUGACUGAGGCUCAAAGAACACCACACAGCAUGGAUCAGGGGUCAUACACCACCCCCACAGCCCAGGGCAUCAGAGGUCAUACAGUGGCUCAGUUUGGACACAGCACUGUCCUAUUUUCAAUGCAGGGGUUAGCCAACCCACAUAUUAUACUCAUAAAGACCAUUGUUAAUCUUCAUACCUUUGAUAAGUACAAGCAACAGUAUGAGGCAGUGUUUAUAAUCUCAAUAUAUUUCAGUUGAACUUUUAUAUAGUGCCUUUCCCAUACCCAAGGUCGCUGUUUAAAAUAAGAUGCAACAUAAAUACAACCUCACCAAAGUAAUUUAGUAAACUUGUACUGAACUAUUUAGUAGUGAAAGAAGUUACAUGCAUAUAUUUUUGUAACAUUAUAUGUUUGAAAUAUUUUUCUUAAUAAGUCUUCUAAAUAUCUGCAAUGCAAAUGCAGAUAAUUAAAUGGAAAUACUAAUAAAAUUAAAUGAGCAUUGGUGAAUCAACAGAUUAAUAUUAAUAAAAGUGAACUAAAUGGAAGAAACAAAUGUUUUUACUCAAAUAAUUACUGUAAUUAGUGCAUCAGACAUGAAACAGCUUGCAUUCCAACGAGUUUAUUCUGUAAAAGUCUUGUGAAUUAACAGGAAAAACAGUUUACAUUGAACUACAAACGUUGAAAAUGUAAGAUAGAACUGUAACAUAUCCUGAUUCCGAGCAUAACAAAGAAUAAAAGGGGAGGAAAAGCUAGGCUAAUGAGUUUACACUUAGCACAGAAAUGUCAUCUACUAUCAGCAAAAAUAAAUAUAAUAUAUUCUUCAUAUAAACACGGAUAAGAAAGAAAAUGUGGCUUUUUCAGAAGCGUGUGGAGUAAGGUCUGGUAACAGUUAUGGACGGCUAAAGGUAAUGACUGGCGUGCUUAGUGCCAAGUUUGAACCAGGUAGUGCAGAAGUGCUUUCAAACUUUCUGUAUGAGGGUCAGGGUGCACUGCAUACUCUGCUGUGUUCUGUGAAAAUGCAAAUGUAAAAAACAUAUUAAGUGGUAAGGGGAACAAUUUCUAUCUCACAUGAUGAAUACAACAGAUGCGCAUGCCACUAAAAGCCUAGGAAACAACCAACCCCACUGACACAGGAACUGUUUCACUUCAUAAAGAAUGAUCAUUGAACUGGGCUGUUAGAGUAGCUUAGUGAUCCCAGAAUCUACAGCAAAAUAACAUGAAUGAUACUGAGUUACACAGUGUCCCUUUCUCUGUGUGCAAAACUUUUACAGUUUUUAAUCUCCAUUAAUUUUUCUGAUUACAUGAAAGGGUAACACAUGGAUAAUAUUUUACUGAGUAAUGUACUAGAAGGCAGUCUAUUGGCUUCUCCACUCUGUAAGG